CUUAUGGUUCUACACAAUCAACAACUACACUCCUUGAACCUGAUAUUGUUGUAGUCGGUGGAUGUCCUGCCUGUAGAAAAGCUCCCAGUUCAGUAGUACUCAAACACCUCAAUUAAGCAAAAUUGGAGUUGAGGAAAGAAGCAGAAAAGGGAAAACCAGUCGCAAACUAUCUCUAAACAAACCGAAGGUAGUUAACACGCAACGAUCUUGUCCUUGGUCCGCGGGAAUUAAUAAGUAUAAAGGAAACUUGACGAGCAUCUCGGGACCAGACCAUGGAAAGCCUCGGUGCAUCAAUCAUGCCGGCGAAUGAGGAAACCUCGGAUCAGUUAGUGCCUCAGACAGCAGACAACGCUCUGGGAAAGGUGUCUAUGAAUUCGGCGACCAUCAAUGGUUUGCAGAACAAUCUUGCUCUUUCAUCGUUGGAUAAUGAAGAUGAGGCUUGUCCAAGUCCCAUCGGUGAAGAGGAUGUCACAGAAAAUCACAAAUACAGGAGUUUACCCAUAAGGCAAUUUCAUGAGAAGUUUAUGAGAGCUUUUGUCAAUCUGCUGCUGGAAGAAGCAAUUUUCAAGGGGACCUCGAGAAAAAAUCGUGUGGUGGAAUGGAUGGAGCCAACGGCGCUCCAUUCAGCCAUUGAUCUAACGCUCUCUGAUCAAGGAUGCUCGCACGAUAAGCUGUUCUUGUUGGCUCGCAACGUGAUCAAGUACAGCGUGAAAACAGGUCAUCCUCGGUUUGUGAACCAACUGUAUUCCAGCGUAGACCCGUACGGUCUUCUCGGACAAUGGCUGACAGACGCUCUAAAUCCUUCAGUGUACACUUACGAAGUCUCACCAGUGUUCUCCUUGAUGGAGGAAGAAUUGUUGAAAGAGAUGAGAAAGAUAGUUGGUUGGAAGGAUGGUAGAGGCGACGGCAUAUUCUGUCCAGGCGGCUCCAUCGCUAAUGGCUAUGCCAUCAAUCUGGCUCGUUACUACAGGUUUCCACAAUUAAAAGAGUUAGGCAUGUCCAGUGCUGGCAGACUGAUAGUUUUCACUUCGCAGGAUGCUCAUUAUUCGGUUAAGAAACUCAGUGCAUUCUUGGGAAUAGGAAACAGCAAUGUCUAUGAGGUGAAGACAAAUUCCAAUGGCAAGAUGUCUAUCACAGAUCUGAAGGUUCAGAUUGAUCAAGUCAUCAGCGAAGGUGCUAUUCCUCUGAUGGUCUCUGCUACAGCUGGAACAACUGUCUUGGGAGCUUACGACCCUCUGAAAGAUAUAGCAGCCAUCUGCAAGAAGCAUAAUAUGUGGUUUCAUGUAGAUGCAGCUUGGGGUGGAGGAGCAUUGAUGUCUAAAACUUACAGACACCGUCUGGAUGGUAUUGAGCUGGCAGAUUCUGUUACCUGGAACCCUCACAAGUUGCUUGCUGCGCCACAACAAUGUUCAACACUGCUAUUACGCCAUCAAGGACUCUUGCAGGCUGCACAUGGCUCCAAAGCCAGCUAUCUCUUUCAGCCAGAUAAGUUCUAUGAUACUUCUUACGACAAUGGAGACAAACAUGUGCAGUGUGGUCGAAGGGCAGAUGUAUUGAAAUUCUGGUUCAUGUGGAAGGCAAAGGGCACUCAAGGAUUGGAGAAGCACGUGGAUCGCGUGUUCGAGUUAGCUCAGUAUUUUACUGAUUAUGUGAAACAGAGAGAGGGCUUCAAACUGCUGCUCGAGCCCGAGUGCACUAACGUCUGCUUCUGGUACGUGCCGUUUUCGAAACGUCACUUGAAGGGUGAAGAGUUGUCGAAGGCUCUUCAAAAAAUUGGGCCGACGGUGAAGGAACGCAUGGUCAAGAAGGGAUCGAUGCUGAUCACUUAUCAACCGUUGAGGGAAUUACCGAACUUCUUUAGGCUCGUCCUGCAGAAUUCUGGACUGACGAAAACAGACAUGAGAUUCUUCGCAGAGGAGAUUGAGAGGCUCGCUAGUGACUUAUAGAAGAAUUAUAAAUAAUCUAAGUUAAGGCAAUACGCAGUGAGAAUUAAGAUACUGUGAGAAAGAUACAUCAUGUAAUAAAAAUUAAGAAUAAAGCAUCCUUUCAUAAGUUUUA